GAGCCUGGAUGAAUUAUUAUUCCGGGAAAUUCUUUGAGUGAUAAAAAUGUAAGACGAUGACUGCACUUUCUCUGUUGUGGUAAAGCAAAUAAACAUUUCUCGUUGCACGAAAGCAAAGCUCAUGUCUCGAAUAUCCCGUUUAGCUAAGCGUGUGGACAGGACGAAGCCCAGAAACUUAAAACACACCCCAUAGUACCGCACAGAAAACCGAGUCCCCGUAGUGUACUUGUACAACAGAAAACAAAACAUUUUCCAAACUGCGGGUAUCGUGGAUGCAAAACGGCUGGGAAAUUUCCCCCGUUUCCGUUUUUAAUGCCCACGUACACAUCUCACAUCACAUCACUGGACGAGACGCUAUCCCUCCCGCAGAUUGACCAGCACAGAGUUCAAUAAAAAAACACACACACACAGUGACAGAUACAUUUGAAACGAGUAAACUCAUAAAGAUACCCAAAAUAUGCAUCCUACCGUUUCCAGAAGGAAGCAUAAAAAUUGCUUGGACGGCCUCUGGAGGCGACUGUGUGUAGUGUGUAGUGUGUAGUGUAUACUGUACGUCUGACCACCCGCUGGCGUGGUGCAGGAAGUGACUGGGAAGAGGGGGGAUUAACCACUGAAAUAGGAUUUAUUUUUACGCUUGGCUGGAGGAAACAUUUGAAUAUUUAAAAUGAACCUCUCGGUCGACCAUAAAUGUUUAGAAACCUACAUCGCCGUUCCGUAAAUCCCAGAGAAUUAUGUUUAUGUCGCGCACGGAUACAUUUCCCGAUCCAGUUUCACCACAACCCAGCCUCCUUUCGGCCACCAGGCGAAAAACCCGACAACCCCUCACUCGACGUGCCCGCCCCCAGUGGGGCUCGGGAGCGCGCACGGUCACGGAGGUGAGGACGGAGACGCGCGGCACCUGCGAGUGCGCGUUUAAAUCUCGGCGAGAAGUGCGGAGACAACAGAGAGAGAGACGUGGGUCGCGCCAGGUCUGAUCAGGAUGAGGCGGGUGUGAGUGAGCCCCAGAACCCCAGAACCCCAGAACGCCCUCUUCUGCCACCAUGAGUGGGAAGAGUCUCCUGCUGAAGGUCAUCCUGCUGGGCGACGGCGGUGUGGGCAAGAGCUCCCUGAUGAACCGCUACGUGACGGACCGCUUCGACUCGCAGUCCUUCCACACCAUCGGCGUGGAGUUCCUGAACCGCGACCUGGAGGUGGACGGGCGCUUCGUCACGCUGCAGAUCUGGGACACGGCGGGCCAGGAGCGCUUCAAGAGCCUGCGCACGCCCUUCUACCGCGGCGCCGACUGCUGCCUCCUCACCUUCGCCCUGGACGACGCGCAGAGCUUCCGCAACCUGGGCUGCUGGAAGAAGGAGUUCGUCUUCUACUCCGACGUGCGCGACGCCGAGCGCUUCCCCUUCGUGGUGCUGGGCAACAAGGUGGACAAGGAGGACCGGCAGGUGAGCGAGGAGGAGGCGCGGGCCUGGUGUCAGGAGAACGGCGGCUGCCCGUACUUCGAGACCAGCGCCAAGGACGACACCAACGUGGGCGAGGCCUUCGAGGCGGCCGUGCGGCAGGUGCUGGCUGCCGAGGAGCAGCUGGACCACUCUCUGCUGGGCAGCGCCAUCGAUCUCCAUGGCAACCGCAAGCCCACCCGCAGCUCCUGCUGUUAA